AUGUGUCGUCGGGUUAAGCCUCUUCCGCCGCAUGUGGAGGAGAACACCGCCACUUGUCGCCGGAAGUUUGACACUUGUCCUCCGAGGUGCAUGACUAGGAGGUCCAACAAGGACAACCUAGUUGAACAUCCAGAGAUAGACAAGCUUGAGAAGCAACUUAGGAAGCAAAAAGCCCAAGAGAUGGCCGACGAAGCAGCUCGCGCUCACGCCGCUGAAGUGGCGCGCGCUCAAUGA